AUGGAUGAGGCCGGAUCCAUUUGACCAUCUAGCGCUUGGUCCAAAAACUCACCGGAGACGGUCAAAAGAAAAAAAAAAGAUUGCAGAGCUCCCGCGCAUCCACCGCAGAAAUGGCGUCGAAUACCACCGCCGGUUCAGAAGAACGGUUGAAGCUCGCCAUAGCUAUGGCUCUUCUUCGUUCUAAGAUCCUCAACAAACCUGACACUCCAUCUGCUACCCUCAAUUCCGAUGCUCUUAAAUGGAAACGCAAGGCGAAAGAGCGUAAGGAAGAGAUUCUUAGACUCAAACAUGAUCUCGACGAAGUUGAAGAUGGACUACAUCAUGAAUUAUUCCCGGGGAGUACAUCCUGCAGAUGCUAUUUCUUUGAAAAUAUGGGGAAAUUGAGCCCUGAUAAGAUCUCCGGAGAAGGAUUUGACGGGAGAUUUAAUGAUGUGUUACGCCGUAGAUUUCUUAGACAAGUGAGACUGAAGGAAAGAAGAAAAAGAAGAAGCGACGGUUCCAAACAAAGAUUAUUUUUACCUGAGUAUAUCGCUGAAGAAACUGAACAGCUUAGGGCCUCAGUUGAUUUUCUUGUGGAGCUAUGUGAUACUAUUUCUUCUGUAAGAGUGUGUUGGCCACCUAAUAAAUUGCAUUCUUCUGAUCCUUCAUUCUAUAUGUUAACUUUUCAUGUGAGCCAAGUCUUAUUUUCAACUUUUUACUCUCUACUUGCAUUAUUCUUGCAGCCGGAUGAUGCUAAUUUUGCAAACUGGUCACACCAAGCUGUAGACUUCAUUUUAGAUGCAAUCAAGAAUAUCUUGUCGAAGGGAAAAAAUAUUGACCCCGUAGAAGGCAUUGUUGGCAGCCUGUCACUGCGUUUAGUUAGAAAAAUGUGCACUACAUUACGAGGAAGUGGCCAUCAGGUUGACAAUGAUGCCCAGUUCCAUGUUCAGCACCUGCUUCGUAAGCUUGGAAGUGAGUCAUAUAUUGGACAGCGAGUGAUUCUUGCAGUUUCUCAAAGAAUCUCUUUACUAGCAGAAAAUUUGCUAUUUCUUGAUCCAUUCGAACCAACUUUUCCUGAAACGCAUAGCAGUCUGUAUGUUUUGAUCCAGCUUAUGGAGUUUUUGGUAUCAGAUCACCUAAUAAGUUGGUCCAAGACAGAUGGAUUUGCAACAGAGUUGUUUGAAGAGUGGGCGACUUCAAUCCUGCAUGCUCGAAAAGGAGUUGAAGUGUUGGAAAACAGGUGCGGGGUUUACAUAAUAUAUAUGGAUCGUGUAAUUGGGUUGGUUGGGAAAGUAGUGAGUCAGGUUACAUCUCUCCAGACCACAACCUCAACCCAAAUAUUCUUCAACCCCUAAAGCCAACAUUCUCUUUCACCAUAAUUGACUCCUCUUUUCCGUUUGGUUUUCUUUUGUUCAUGUACAUUUCUCUUUUCUCAAAAAAACCAAGUACAAAACAAUGUUUGAUAUUUUAGGUUGAAUAAUGCAUACACAUUGUAAUGUUUCAUUGGAAAAA